CCCGGCUGGCUCGGCUUCGCGGCGCGGGGAGCCGGCGGCGCCGCAGACCCGGCCGGCCCGCGAGCCAUGGCCCAGCCCGGCGAGGAGGCGCUGUCCGGGCUCGAGACCGCGGUGCAGAUCCGCGUCGCCAUCCAGGAGGCCGAGGACGUGGAGGAGCUGGAGGACGAGGAGGAGGAGGGGGCGGAGGCGCGGGGUUCGGGGGACCCCUCUCGGUACCUCAGCCCAGGCUGGGGCAGCGCCAGCGAGGAGGAGCCGAGCCGCGGGCACAGUGGCACCACGACAAGUGGGGGCGAGAACGAGCAUGAGGACCUGGAGCAGGAGUGGCAGCCCCCGGACGAGGAGUUAAUCAAGAAACUGGUGGAUCAGAUCGAAUUCUACUUUUCUGAUGAAAACCUGGAGAAGGACGCCUUCCUGCUAAAGCACGUGAGGAGGAACAAGCUGGGGUAUGUGAGUGUCAAGCUACUCACAUCCUUCAAAAAGGUGAAACACCUUACACGGGACUGGAGAACCACAGCACAUGCCUUGAAGUACUCUGUGACCCUCGAGUUGAAUGAGGACCACCGGAAGGUGAGGAGGACCACCCCUGUCCCACUCUUCCCCAGCGAGAACCUCCCCAGCAAGAUGCUCCUGGUCUAUGACCUCUACCUGUCCCCCAAGCUCUGGGCCCUGGCCACCCCCCAGAAGAAUGGAAGGGUGCAGGAGAAGGUGAUGGAACACCUGCUCAAGCUCUUCGGGACCUUUGGAGUCAUCUCAUCAGUGCGAAUCCUCAAACCCGGGAGAGAGCUGCCCCCUGAUAUCCGGAGGAUCAGCAACCGGUACAGCCAGGUGGGGACCCAAGAGUGCGCCAUUGUGGAGUUCGAGGAGGUGGAAGCGGCCAUCAAAGCCCAUGAGUUCAUGAGCACAGAAUCUCAGGGCCGGGAGAGCAUGAAAGCUGUCCUGAUUGGUAUGAAGCCACCCAAAAAGAAACCAUCCAAAGAGAAGAACCAGGAAGAAGAACCCACUUCGAGCAUCCACCUGAACAAGUCCCUAAACAGGAGAGUUGAGGAGCUUCAGUACGUGGGGGAUGAGUCUUCCGCCAACAGCUCCUCCGACCCCGAGAGCAAUCCCACGUCCCCUAUGGCUGGCCGGCGCCAUGCAGUCACCAACAAGCUCAGCCCUUCUGGCCACCAGAAUCUCUUUCUGAGCCCGAAUGCCUCCCCGUGCUCAAGUCCUUGGAGCAGCCCCUUGGCUCAACGAAAAGGCGUUUCCAGAAAAUCCCCACUGGCCGAAGAAGGUAGGCCGAACUCCAGCGCCAGUCCUGAGACCUUUCGCAAGUGCAUGGAUUAUUCCUCGGACAGCAGCGUCACUCCCUCUGGCAGCCCCUGGGUUCGGAGGCGCCGCCAGGCUGAGAUGGGGACGCAGGAGAAGAGCCCCAGAGCGAGUCCCCUGCUCUCUCGGAAGAUGCAGACUGCAGAUAGGCUACCUGUGGGGGUGCUGAGGUUGCCCAGAGGCCCUGACAACACCAGAGGAUUCCACAGUGGACACGAGAGGAGCAGGGCCUGUGUAUAAAUACCUUCUAUUUUUAAUACCAGCUCCAUUGAAAACCUCUGUUUUCAAGGUUCUGACAAAUACCUGGCAUGACAUAGAGUGAAAUUAAGUCCCAUUGAAAGAUUUUGUAUACGUGUAGACCUCUUAAUUUAUAUGUUUGUAAUAUAUAUGAAUUGCCUGGUAUGCUCUGGUUUUAAGACCCUCUUCUAGUUCAGAGCACCCAUUCCUCCCAGCAUGACCAUUAUUUUGAUGAUGCCCAACGUGUGUGAAUGGCUCUGGAGGGCUGUGGGACAGAGGCUGCCCAGAGAGGGCCUGGCAGUGGGUCUGUUCUUCGUGGCAGGGUUCUUCUCUCCAGUGACCGAGCCAUCCUCAGUUGGCCAUGCACGGGCUUCUUGAAAGCCCAGAGGAGUUCUGUUGUAUGACAGCAACUAGUUAAGCCAGUAGCAUGGUGUUUUAUAUGACCAAAUGUAUGUUUCCUGUCAAGUGAAUAAAUAAUAAAACACCUAACUGGGAGUGCUGGCUCUGAACCCAUAGACUGUGCCUGACAAAAUCUCUGUGCAUCUGACAAGGCUGUGGGUGGUGUCAUGAGGCUCUGAGGAGCUUAACAGGGACACAUUUCUUGAGUGUGCCCCAGGGCUCUCCUUGGGGCUCCUGGCAGCCUGAGAGGUCAGCAGAGCUUGUGCAGAUGUUAGAGCACCACAGUCUUUCAUCACAAUGAAUUGUACCAAACAAAGGCAGCUUAGUAUAGACCAAGUUCUCUAGAUGUGGUCCCCGGACCAGCAGCAUUGACACCAUCUGGGAACUUGUUAGGAAUGCAAAUUCUCAGGCCCUACAUCAGCUGACUGAGUCAAAAACUAUGGGAGAAGGGCCUGGAAUCUGGAUUUUAGCAAGCCCUCCAGGUGAUUCUGAUGCACUCUAGAAUCUGAGAGCCACUGGUAUGGACAAUGGUUGUGGGACUUGAGGUCAGACAGUUUGACUCCCAUAUCCCCAUCUUACUAGUUCUGUGACCUUAAGAGAGUUACCCGCACCCCCUUGGCCUCGUCGUAUCCCUGUGAAAUGCUUUGCCUUGACAUCUGUUUCUUAGAUGCAGCUGGCCCUCCAUCAGUGUUGUUAGCUCCUUUUCAGUGGAAGCUGCCUGGGUGGAGCAGAAGGGGUACUGGCCUAGAUUCCAGGGUUCACUUAUCCACUUGAACCUUGGGGGAUUUUAGGCAAAUCACGUUUAAUGGGAUUCGUUAAUAACUAUUGAACAGUGAUUGGAUGCCAGGGACUAUGCUAAGAGUUUUCCAUGCAUUAUCUCAUUUAAUCCUCCCAACCACCACAUAAGAAAGGUUCACAUCUUAUUUCUGUUUCACACUGGAAGAAACAGAAGCUUUGUGUGGGUAACUAAGUUGUCCAAGGUUUACGAGCUACAUGAUUGGUGGAGCUUGAACCUAGCAGUCUGACUCUGGAUCCCACACUCUGAACACCAGAUGGGUCUCAGAAUGUGGAACCUCACCAUCCACAUUCCAAAAAGAAGAAACCCCAAAUGGCAUUAAUAUUUAUUCAGCACCUUCUAUGUGCUAGGCAUUUGGCUAGACACAUCCUUUCAUUUAUCCUCUUAGUGUCCCUGUGAGGUAUUAUUGUACCAGUUUUACUCAUGAAGCUGCUGAGGUAGGAUAAUACCUCAGGCCAUUGUGAAAACGGGAAAAGAGAGUGUAUUUUUUGUUGUUGUUGUUGUUUAAGAUUAUGUUUAUUAAGAUUAUGAAGUUAUAAAGGAUAAUGGUUGAAAUGUU